UACCCUGCGCGCUGCCCGCCGGACACCGCUGGCUGUUGGGUCGGAACAUUCCCCCCUACCCUCCCAGAAGUGGCGCUCCUCCAAGAGAACUUGAGUCAGCCAAGGAUGUUUCCACCCAACAGCACAGUCGUGUCCCCGUCGCUGACCAGCCUGUGGCCGGGAACAGGCCCGCCAGGUGGCCACACCUCGGCCCUGGCACGCAGGUCCCCCAGCCAAGGGGAGGGUGAGAUGGAGGCGCUCUACAUCCUCAUGGUGCUGGGCUUCUUCGGCUUCUUCACGCUGGGCAUCAUGCUCAGCUACAUCCGCUCCAAGAAGCUGGAGCACUCGCAUGACCCCUUCAACGUCUACAUCCAGUCUGACAUCUGGCAGGAGAAGGACAAGGCCUAUGUGCAGGCCCGGGUGCUGGAGAGCUGCAGGGCGAGUCUUGUCAUCGAGAACCAGUCGGCCGUCGAGCAGCCGCACACGCACUUACCCGAGACGAAGGCCCUGUCCUGAGCCUACGGCUGCCCACGGCCACCCAUGGCUGCCCAUGGCCACCCACAGCUGCCCACGGCUUCCCCAUGGCCACCCACGGCUACCCAUGGGCGGCCAGUCUCACCCACCGGUCUGAGUUGGUUCUGUGCCCUGUCUGUUCUUUACUGUAUG